AAGAAGUGGAUAUAACAAACUAUCGUGAUCUUUUGAAAACAGCCAAAAAAAAAGAUGAACUCUAUUUUAGAUCAUCUGAUUCCUCGGUACUUAAUGAUAAAAGCACUAAUGAAUCAACUAAUGGCAGUGACAGUAGAUUAGUACAUAAUCAUAUCGACUUUUUUUCGACUGUAGAAAACAUUUUCACUCAAUUCAGACAAGAAACAAGUCGAUCAUAUGGAAGUCUUGAAUUUAUUGGUGAUCCUAAUUCAAAAUUACUCAUAAUCACCCUUGGUUCUGGUUCAUUCCAUUUAAAAAAAGUCACUAAUAAAAACUCCAAAGUCGGUAUAAUACGGAUAAGGAUAUAUCGUCCUUGGUCUGAGAAACAUUUUCUUGCUAAUAUUCCAAAAACGAUUCAAAAAGUAGCUGUAUUGGAACAAGUUAUUGCACGUACGACUAAAUGGACUCCAUUAUAUCUUGACGUUGUUUCAGCGUUUCAAAAUCGUGCUCUUUGGUCAGGUGAAGCGCCGGCCAUCAUUAGUGGAAAGUAUGGAACUUUUUAUGAAGAAUCUAUUAAUACUGACGUUACCUCGUUGUUUGAAAGCUUCGAGUCAGGUGAAUUACGACAAAACUUUAUUGUCGGAGAUGAUGAUGACUCGACAUCUCAACAAUUAAAUGGUGUAAAUGGUCAUUCGACUCAUAUAAUCGAAGCACCGAAUAUUGAAAAACCGUAUCUCAAAAUGCUUGAAGAAGUCUUUAAAGAUCGUUUGUAUAUUGCAAAUUCUGGUCAUUCAAAUAUUGUUAAAUUAACGCCUGAAUUCGCAUUCGGAGUUUUGAUUGCCAAACUUCAAAAGCGUGCACAAUUUGCGGAUCUCGUUGCGCGUGCGGUGAAGGAUACCUCUAUUUCUAUUCAAGAGCCUUUGCUAAAAGCUUUAUCGCAAUGGCUUCUUUAUCAAGAUGAUGCUGAAAAAUCAAAGAAAUUUGGUGAUGAAGCCAUUGAAUCUCUUAGUAAAGUUCAUGAUAGUCAUACGAUACUCUCAGAAAUUUAUAAUCAUAAAGAUGAAUUCACAAAAUCUGCACAAUGGAUUAUUGGUUCUGAUGCAUGGACAUAUGAUAUUGGUGAAUCCGGUGUUCAUCACGUAAUUUCAUCUGGAAAAGAUAUUAAUAUCCUGAUAAUUGAUUCUCAACCUUAUACAACCCGUGCUGCUGCUGAUCCUGAAAAACGUAAAAAGGAUAUUGGUUUAUAUGCGAUGAAUUAUGGUGAUGUUUAUGUUGCUUCGGUGGCAAUAUAUUCAUCAUAUACUCAAGUUCUACAUUCUCUAAUGGAAGCUGAAAAGUUUAAAGGACCUUCGAUCGUAUUAGCAUAUAUGCCUUAUUAUAAUGAAAAUGAUAGUUCAAUCACAGUUUUAAAAGAAACUAAACUAGCCGUUGACAGCGGUUAUUGGUCACUAUAUAGAUGGAACCCAGCGUUAGAAAAGGAAGGCAAGGAAGCUUUUACCCUUGAUUCCGAGAAAAUUAAACAGGAACUUAAAGAUUUCCUUGAUAAAGAAAACCUUCUCACCCAGUUAACACGUUCUAAACCAGAAUUAUCUACAAAUUUAACAAAUUCACUUGAAUCAGAAAUAAAAUUACGUCAGAAAUCAUUCGCGUUAUCUGCAUAUGAAAAGUUAUUAGGUGGUUUAACUGGUCCACCACUUUUAAUUCUUUUUGGUUCUGAUAAUGGUAAUGCGGAAGGUCUCGCAAAAAGAUUGCAUAAUGGUGCUAAGGCCCGUGGUGUUAAUUCGCGUUGCAUGCCAAUGGAUGAUUAUCCCAUUGAAGAUAUUGCUUCUGAAAAGAAUAUAGUAUUUGUUGUUUGUACGGCUGGUCAGGGUGAAUUUCCUCAAAAUGCCCGUGAAUUUUGGAAAACAAUUUCAACUACAACAGAUAUUUCUUUUUCAGAAACUCAAUACGCUGUUUUUGGUCUUGGUGAUAGUAAAUAUUGGCCAAGAGAAGAAGAUAUAAUUUAUUAUAAUAAACCUGGAAGAGAUUUAGAUGGUCGAUUGGAAAUUUUAGGCGGAAAAAGACUUUUGAGUCUUGGAUUAGGUGACGAUCAAGAUGCUGAUG